UAAACAUGCCAUCCAUAUGAUCACAUUCCACAGGAAGCUGAAGAAGAUGUAGCUGCCUCAGAGAUGAGUGUGAGCUUUCAGGAGAUGUCACUGGAGGACAAUCCCUCAGACGUCAGCUACUUACCUCCCAGUGGAUCAUCUCAAUCAAGUCCUGAUAGUGAUUCUGGUUCAGCUUCUGCCAAUGGAGAUGGGUGGGCCGAAAGGAAGUGGCUGGUAUCUGAAUCAAGACUCCUUCAACUUUUUGUAAAAUGUACAGUAUGAGGUGUAGCUCUUGCAGACACGACGACCACAACUCAUUCAAGCCAAAUCAAAAUUCAGUGGAUCUGCCUGAAUAAUCACUCCGGUACAUGGGCUUCCUGUCCUGAUCGGCGAGGGAUGGCUGAAAAUAACCUCCUCAUCAGCGCAUCCAUACUUUUCACUGGGGCUUCGCACACAACCCUACUGGACUGGGCUAAUCUUCUACACACACCAAUCCCCAAGAAUACACAGUUCUACAAGAUGCAAGAGGUCUACAUCAUACCGACUGUACAACAGGCCUACAGAGACCAGCACGAAGAAAUAAUCAAACGUCUCCUGGAACAUUGUGCAUCGGGCCAUACAAUUGACCUCAGUGGUGAUGCAAGAUGUGACAGCCCCAGUUUCAGUAGCAAGUAUUGCACUUACAGCUUUCUUGAUGACGCCACAAAAGAAAUUGUGCACUUUGAGUUGGUCCAGGUCACCGAGGCAUCCAGUUCUGUUGCAAUGGAGCUGACAGGGUUCCAGAGGGGACUUGAUUAUUUACUGGAGAGGGGACUGAAAGUUGGUGUUGUGACAACUGACAGAUCGCCGUCAGUUCGCAAAUUCAUGAGGGAGAACUACAGCAGCAUUCAACACGAAUUUGACAUUUGGCACGUCGCGAAAGGUGUGAAGAAAAAGCUGAUGGCCAUUUCAAGCAAGAAGGACACCAAACCCCUUGAGGAAUGGAUAAAAUCCAUUACAAAUCAUUUGUACUAUUCAUGUGGCUCAUCCAAGGGAGAUAAAGAGGUAAUGAUGAACUAUAAUGUAAUCAAAUUAGUAGAUCUUGGGCAUGGUGAUGAUACAUGUGGUAGAGGUGUGUCAUCAACCACAGGGUUUGAAAUUGCAGUUGUGCUAGUAGAUACAGUCUCCCAUGGCAGCUUUGCAUGGUUGCCUCAGUCAGUGUGUGUGAAUGGGAAACUGUGA